AUGGCCUCGACUGCUACCACCGUCCCCACCCAGGACCAGGUCCUCGUCCCUGAGACCCUCCUGAAGAAGCGCAAGAGCCAGGAGCAGGCUCGCGCUGUUGCCCGCGAGGAGGCUCAGAAGAAGAAGGAGGCCAACAAGAAGAAGCGUGAAGCUAUCUUCAAGCGUGCUGAGUCCUACGUCAAGGAGUACCGCGAUGCUGAGCGUGAGAAGAUCCGCCUUGCUCGCGUUGCUCGCCAGCAGGGUAACUUCUACGUCUCUGACGAGCCCAAGCUGGUCUUCGUUGUCCGUAUCAAGGGUAUCAACAAGAUUGCUCCUCAGCCCCGCAAGAUCCUGCAGCUUCUCCGUCUGAUCCAGAUCAACAACGGUACCUUCAUCCGCCUCACCAAGGCUACCCAGGAGAUGUUGACCAUCAUCAACCCCUACAUCGCUUACGGUUACCCCAACCUCAAGAGCGUCCGUGAGCUCAUCUACAAGCGUGGUUACGGAAAGGUCAACAAGCAGCGUGUCCCUCUCACCGACAACCAGGUCAUUGAGGAGAACCUUGGCAAGUACGGCAUUGUCUGCAUGGAGGAUCUGAUCCACGAGAUCUACACCGUUGGCCCCAACUUCAAGCAGGCCAACAACUUCCUCUGGCCCUUCAAGCUCUCCAACCCCACUGGUGGCUUCCGCACCCGCAAGUUCAAGCACUUCAUCGAGGGUGGUGAUCUCGGUAACCGUGAGGAGAACAUCAAUGCUCUCAUCAGACAGAUGAACUAG